ACUGAAGGGGGCUUCCAGAUCACACCUCUGUUUGAGAUACAUAAUCGCAAUAACUUCGGAGUAAUUCUAGCACCAUUUGUGCACGGGGCACCUAUAUUUAUUACUGCAAUAGCCGAGAACCACGCUGGCCUCACGUCUGUUUUCCAUUCGAGCCAAGCACUUACAAUAGAUCACACUGCACCUAUCGUCAGCGAUAUUAGUGUUGAUGUUUCUAUUAUAACGUAUAAUUCUACACAAUUGCGAACAACAUGGACAGCACGAGAUGGUGAAUCUGGUGUUCAAUACUGCAGUUGUUCCAUUGGAUCUACACCUCUGUCAGCUGAUAUACAGGAGGAAAGGGAUUCGGAUACGUUGCAGUUUUGUCAGUCAUACAUACGUGACCUUUCUCAUGGCGACAGAGUAUUUCUUACGGUCAAAUGUGUGAACAAGGUCGAAAUCGCCACGACGUUAGUAUCUAGACCAGUGAUCAUCUACCUUGAACCGCCCAGCAACUCACAAGCAUUUGUUCGGUUUUUGCCCAGUGGUCAGGAAUCGUUUUCUAUGAGUGGCCCAUUAUCUGGUCAGUUUUCUGCGCAGUCCAAUUCUAGCCUAUUGCAGAUGGAAUUGAACAACUUCGAAGAUCCUUCAGAGAUCACAUCAUUCAGUUAUCGUAUCCAAAGCAAUGGUGACAUUGUUGUGGACUGGACUGAUGCAGACCGAAAGGACACAUUCUCCAAUGAGCAUCUGAAGUUGAAAUCAGGCCAGAUAUACACGACCGAAGUUCAUGCAGUAAAUGGUGGAGGAUUCACCAGUUUCAGUGUCAACUCCUCGCUGAUUGUAGCUUCAGAUCCACCAGCGCUUACAGGAUCCCCUAUGUCUGCUGUUUUCGCAAACGGCAAACUUACUCUCAAUUGGAAAAGUGUCUUCAAUACAAUCAUGGGAGUACCGAUUCACUACAGUCUGGUUGUUGGAUCACGCGACGGAUUUUCUGAUAUCGCUGACGUAAGCUACACACGUGACCACGUGUAUGACGUCAUCGUUCCAUCAUCGACGCUCGAUUCUCCAAAUCUGAACGAGCUGUACAUAAAAGUGACCUGUACAUACAGCACGGGGUUGUUUACAACAUACAGUACAUCGUACAAACUGUGAAGUUAAUAUGUUUGGUAGAAAUAUGCGAUUACUUUAACAUCUUAUGUCGCUGUCCUUCUCUGUUUUUAUUUUCAUUACCAGCGUGAAGAGUCUCGAACAAAUCGUAAGAUUUAUUACUUUACCUUAGAUAAUAAUAAAAAUGAUAUGUAAAACAUUCUUCGUCACAUAAAACGCUUAUCAUUUCAAUAUUUGUGCACAUGUAUAUAUCCCCGUUUUGGUAGUUAUCGUUUCGUAAUAAGUAAUCGGAUUUAAAUAUUUGUUAUAGAGUGAUAGUAUUUUUUUAUUGUAUACAGUGUGCUUCUUUUCUUAUUGUCAAAAGAAAAACAUACAGUUGUAGGUGUCAUGUAGUUCAGUGUUUUUCAGAUUAAUUGUAAUACGCAUAACUAUUCUAUGUUUAUAUUCAUUCUAAUACGUUGUUGUUAUUGUCUUUUUUGUUAUAAUUGCUUCUCUCUUAUUAUUCUUACAUGUGUAUUAAGAUUUGGUUUAAACGUUUAUAAAUUGUAACUUGUACAUUAAUGAAAGGGACAUGUUUAUAUAUUAAUGAAUUCAAAAUCUUGAAAAUAUACCAGUUGGACAAGGCAGCAAAAUACCUACAUAUACAAAAAUGUAUCGUUUGUUGUCUGAAAGGUUUGAAGCUAUUAAAUUGGUGUUGUUUGUUGUUAAAAUUGUUGACAACAGGUUAUUCAAUUGCAUACAAUAAAAUCCGGAGAUAAAAAACCCAAUCGGGAUGAGCUUAUGAUUAACUAAUAAAAGUAAUCAAACUAGUAUUAUUUUACCUUCAUGAAUUCAAAUGUAUUAUAUUUUAAAACUGGAAAAUAUAUUUUCAAAUAACAUGACAUAUAUUUUUAAAAGA